AUGCUUGCAUCAGCAUCAUUUGAUGGCACUGUGAAAAUGUGGGACACAUCCACAAGUUACUGUCUUUCAACAUUCCGUGGAAAUGGAUCGUCUAUCUCAUCUCUGGGAAUUCUACGAGAUCCAAAGCUUGGCUUGGUCUUGGGCGAUGGAAGAAUCGAGACAUGGGACACGACCGAAGACUACAACCUUCCACCGCCCAAAGAUAGCGAUCGGCCAUUAUGGGAACCUAUUUUGAGCUUCAAAGAUACAAUUGAGCUAUUCAAAGUAGCGUCUUGGUCUCCUCAAGGGACGCUUGUCUUUGCCGUGGAAGAUGGAUCAAUCUGGAUUCGCCCUGCCGUUUCUGUUACUCGACGUCAGCCGUCGGUCCCAUUCAAAGGCACCCACCGAGGAGUGUUUACACUGGCCUGGUCUCAUGAUGGCAGAAUUGCGUCGGGCGCAAGGGAUGGAACAUUGAAGAUCUGGGAUACGGCCGAUCGUAAAUGCAAGCUGGAGCCUGGGGGUCAUAGCGAAUGGGUCUAUGCCCUUGCUUGGUCGCAGGAUUGCCAGAGACUUGCAUCGGCUUCAAAAGAAAACAUCAUCAAAAUCUGGGAAACUAAGAAUGGUCGCUGCACCGCAUGGGUCCAAGGCCAAAGCAAUUUAAUCCGGUCUCUUUCCUGGUCGCCAGAUGGCAGGCUCGCAGGUGCCGAUGGCGAAACGAUCAGAAUAUGGGACAGUGUAACUGGAAAAUGUCUGUCUAGACUUGAGGGUCAUAGCCAUCAGGUCUGGUCAGUAGCCUGGUCAAAGAACGGAACUAGGCUUGCAUCGGCUUCUCGCGACAAAACAAUCAAGGUAUGGGACGUUGCAGGAGACCGAAGGGAACAGCCUCUUCUAGGUCAUAGCCAAAGGGUCAAUAAUAUUGCCUGGUCAGCGGACAAAACCAAGCUUGUAUCUGUUUCAGAGGAUAGCACCGUCAUUGUUUGGGAUACCUGCACUGGAGGAUAUGUGCAGAACCGUAUCAGCGAUAUCCAUUCAGUGGCCUGGUCAAAGGAGGGCACCAGGAUUGCGUUUGUGGCUGGAUACAAUGCUAUCGUGAUUUGGAACGUUGUCACCGGAGAUCGUACACAAACACUCAUGGAUGAGAGCAAUGAUAUCAGGUCUGUGGUCUGGUCAGAGGACGGGACUAAGCUUGCAUCGGUAUCGAAAGACCACCACAUAAAGUUCUGGGAUCUCUCUAGCGAGAAAUGCGUGGAAGCGGUCUUACAAGAUGACGCUUCAACAAAUCCUAUUACUUGGCCGGAAGGCGUUGCCGAGUCCGAGACUCUUGAUCUUGAUUCUGUGCUUUCUUCAAAGAAUCUGAUGACCUAUGGAAUUGACCCAGAAGAUUCAUGGAUAACCUCCAAUGGGAAAAGACAGCUCAGGUUACCUCCAGGGUAUAAUAUUGAGUGUUCGGCUAUCUUACCAGAGAGGAUCGGAAUUGGGUGUGGCUCUGGACGUGUACUUACUUUUACGGUCUCAGAGACUACUGCGAGCUAG